AUGAAUCAAUAUGUAAAUAAGAAAUUUACGAAUCAGUACAAGGCUACAAUUGGAGCCGAUUUUUUAACGAAGGAAACCAUAGUUGACAAUGAACACCUAACUAUGCAAAUAUGGGACACGGCAGGCCAAGAGCGCUUUCAAAGCCUGGGGGUCGCUUUUUACAGAGGGGCCGAUUGUUGUGUGUUAGUUUUUGACUUAACGAAUUACAAAACAUAUGAAUCGUUGGAGUCGUGGAAAGACGAAUUUCUGAUUCAGGCUAGCCCAAAGGAUCCAGACAAUUUCCCCUUUGUCAUAAUUGGAAAUAAAGUUGACGAGACGAAUAAGAGAAAGGUUCAAUCGCUAAAAGUCCUGCAGUGGUGCAAAUCGAACAACAACAUUCCCUAUUUUGAGACGAGCGCAAAAAAUGCUAUUAAUGUGGAUCAGGCGUUUGACGAAAUUGCGAGAAAGGCCAUGAAACAGGAACACCAGGAGGAGCAAAUGUAA